AUGUCGUUUUUUAGACGGAAAGCUAAAGGAAAAGAGCUUGAGAGACCCUCUGCGGAAGCUAAACCCUCCAGAGCGCCCGCGUCACCCCACUCUCCCUCGCUGAGCGCCCGUCAUCACAAUGCCAUCCUGGAAGCGGCGGGCCCGAGCCAUGUGGCCAUCAACGCCAUCUCCGCCAACAUGGACUCGUUCGCGCGCGGACGCACCGCCAUCCUCAAAAAACAGCCCAGCCACAUGGAGGCCGAGCACUUCGGAGACCUGGGGCGCUCCAGUGUGAACUACCAGGCCCAGGAAACCCGGUCUCGGCUGUCUAAGACGGUGGACCAGAUCCUGCGGGAUAACGUGGCCCUUCCUUACUUCAUCCAGUUCAUGGAGACCCGCUCGGCGGACCACCUGGUUCGGUUCUGGCUGGACGCGGAGAGCUUUCGCUCCACAAGCUGGUCCCGGGUUCGAGCCCACAGUCUCAACUCCGUCAAGCACAGCUCCUUGGCGGAGCCCGCCUCCACCCUGGGGUCCCCCGGUUCUCCGGACUCCCCCUCCUCCGCCCACAGGGACUUGGGGUCGGACGAAGGAGAGACGGAGGACCCCUCCUCCUCCCGCGCCCCCUCUUCCUUGCCCCUCACCCCCAGCCCGCAGGACACUAACUCGCACGCCUCCUCCCUGGCGCAUCACCGGAACUCCAUCAGCUCCGAGGCGGGGCACCGGCCGUCCACGCCUCUACAGCAGCUCCCCUCGGCGGGGACGCCCACCCGACGGCCCCCCUCCCAAACCGGGACCCCCCAGAAAGGCCAGUCGUCCAACGCUUACAAAGACCUGUCAGACAAGCUAAUGAAAAGUAUAGAGAGGGAUGCGGUGAAUAUUUUCACUAAAUACGUUUCUCCGGAUGCUGCUAGGCCCAUUCCGAUCACGGAGCAGAUCAGGAAUGAUAUCGUUGCUAAAAUCUGUGGUGAGGACGGACAGGUGGACCCUAACUGCUUUGUCAUCGCUCAGUCUGUAGUCUUCACUAUAAUGGAUCAACAGCACUUUGGUGAAUUUCUGCGCAGCCAUCAUUUCUGUAAGUACCAGAUCGAGGUGCUGACCAGCGGCUCCGUGUUCCUGGCCGACAUUUUAUUCUGCGAAUCGGCGCUCUUCUACUUCUCAGAGUACAUGGAGAAGGAGGAGGCGAAGAAUAUUCUGCAGUUUUGGUUGGCUGCUGAUAACUUCCAGAUGCAGCUGGCUGCUAAGAAAGGCCAGUAUGACGGACAGGAGGCCCAGAAUGACGCCAUGAUCCUUUAUGACAAGUAUUUCUCACUGCAAGCCACGAACCCGCUGGGUUUCGGCGACUCUGUGAGGAUGGAGAUCGAGUCCAAUAUCUGCAGAGAGGGCGGUCCCCUGCCCGACUGCUUCACCACCCCACUCCGCCAGGCCUGGACCACCAUGGAGAAGAUGUACAUGCCAGGUUUCCUGUCCAGUAACCUUUACUACAAAUACCUGAGCGACCUGAUCAACUCGGUCCGAGCAGAUGAGUUCGUCGUGGGGAACGCCAGCGCCCUGGGUCAGAACGCGACCCACGACGGUGACCCACGCGGCACCAACGCCUCGGACGGGGCUCAGACCCAGCAGGGAACCAAGAGAGCGGUUGUGAAGAUCCUGAAGAACUUUGACGAGGCCAUAACCGUGGACGUUUCCAGUCUGGACCCAGAGUCUCUGUACCAGCGACCGUACGCUGGAAGAAUGACUUUCGGAAAAGUCAAUGAACUUGGUCAGUUUAUCAGAGAGGCCGAACCAGAACCGGACGUCAAGAAAUCUAAAGGUUCCAUGUUUUCCCAGGCAAUGAAGAAGUGGGUGCAGGGAAACUCUGAUGAGGCUCAGGAAGAGAUGGCCUGGAAGAUCGCUAAGAUGAUCGUGAAUGACGUCAUGAACCAGACGCAUCACGACAGUCCAGAGGUCAAAUCCACCAAGCUAUGACCUCCCCGCUCUCCGGUGAAGCACCAAAGGAAGGUUCCCUUUGUCCUCCCUGUUACGGUCCUGACGAUAGCAGAGGCGGCCACCCGACCCUACAGAGACGAACUGCACAUUAUAUUUAAAACCGACGUUAAUCUUAACGUUCAAGUGAAGAUAGAGAACAAGGCAUUCCACGACU